ACAACAGUGCAAUUACACUUGUUAUAACAUGUUGCUGAAAUGUGUUGUUAAAAUUAUUCAAAGUCACUUAUAGUUUGAACUGUAAGCAAUUAUUAGCAAACACAGACAACAGGGUGCAUUACUUUUUACAUUUAUGAAUCGAACUACUGUCACGUGACAUAGUUUGUGACGUAUGCGGAAGUGUUUGGCAAAACAAACGAAUACUCCUUGCACAGAGCAUUGAAGAAAUGUCUACUUUCCCAAGGAUCUCACUGAAGCCUGAAGUUGCUGAUCAUCUCAGGAGUGUCUUCUUAAACAAGGAGGUGCUGGCUGCAGUCGGCCAUCAGGUGGCGGAAUCCCGUUUCCAGAAGCUGCUUACGUGUCUGUCUCACCCUCCUUCGCACACUUGUAUUCGGGCGAGCACUCAUCUUGCUCCCCUGGAGGAGAUCCGACACAAGUUGGCAGAAGAGCUGGAAAAGCAGAUGUGCAGCUCAUCCGCCGGGGAGGUUGCCGUUCAGAUCGUUCCUCACCCGCGGAUUCCAGACGUGCUGCUCCUUCCCGUCGACGGCCCGAGACCCGUGAAGCAGCUCAGCUCAGAGGUGGUGGUCGGCGCUCAGUGCGGCAGCGCCGUGCUUCGAGGCGCCCACGUCUUCGCCCCGGGGAUCGUGGCCAGCCCAAAGUACAUGAAGGCAGGGGACGCCGUGUCCGUCCUCUCUGACUCGGAGGGGCGGUGCACCCGAGGAGCCACGAGCUUCCAGGGGAACCGAGUGUUUGUGGGAAACGGAGUCGCUCAAAUGGACCGCUCGGCCAUCUUCUGCACGGAAGAACCUGUCAAAGGAGUAGGCGUUCGGAUGGUGGAGCCACUUUACCAGAGUCCUUCCUUCGAUGGAGUUCUGCCCGACAUGGCAUUCCUGCAGAACCUUCCCUCUGUAGUUGUGGGACACGUCCUCGGGCCCCGUCCUGGGGAACGGAUCCUGGAUAUGUGCGCUGCCCCCGGAGGGAAGACCUGCCACAUCGCUGUGCUCAUGAGGGAUCAGGGCGAGGUUGUUGCUCUGGACAAGAUCCGAAAUAAGAUUGGUCGAAUCCGUCAAAAUGCCCAAAUGUUGCGCUUACGUUCGAUCAAAGUUUAUUGCUUUGACAGCACCCGAGCUGUGAGCAGCGACCCGACAGCGGGAGCCGAAGGACCUCCCUUCCCACCCGAGAGCUUUGACCGGGUCCUUCUGGACGCCCCGUGCAGUGGACUGGGACAGAGACCCAACAUGUCCUGCACCUGGAGCCUCAAGGAGAUCUGCUCCUACCAGCCGCUGCAGCGCAAGUUGUUCCAGGCUGCGGUGCGGCUGUUGAAGAAAGGCGGGGUUCUCGUGUACAGCACUUGCACGGUGACUCUAUCAGAGAACGAGGAGCAGAUAGCCUGGGCCCUCGAGACCUUCCCCUGCCUCAUGCUUCAGCCUCAGGAGCCUCACAUCGGGGCAGAGGGCAUGCUGGGAGCCGGCCUGUCGCCCGAGCGGCUGCGCCUCCUCCAGAGGUUCAGUCCCGAGCUCACCUGGGACCAGACGGCGGCCCCCCUCCCCUGCAGAGCCGACGGGGACACCAUCGGCUUUUUCAUCGCCAAGUUCCUGAAAAACUGAGCUGCAGGGCAUCUUUUCUCCCUGAGCAACCCCCCUCCACCAAACCCCCCCCCCUCUACGCACACCAUGAGGGCAGAACAGUGUUUAUGUUACAGCGCCGCGCGCGCUUCGACGGGGCGGCGCUCAGCGAGACGCUCGCUGCGUUGUUUACAGCAUCUGCCUCUUAACAGCUGCUCUCUGGAACUGCGGGCCAUGUAGGGAUGAGUUUUAUAAACACCAUGGGCAGAGGGGGGGGGGUUGGCAAAUGCAGCCAGCCUGCAUCGCCAUGACAACGAUGACGACACAGCUGCCAUGGUGGCGGCGGAUUGGCCGGAUGUGUCGGAGCAGGAAGCAGCGUGGAGGUGUGUUUUCGUACCUCCGUGACUUCUGCUGCUUGUAAGGGAGAGAUGGUGCCGGGUGUAGUUCAUCCACCUGGAGGACGUGGUGCAUUUCUUCAGAUUAAAAUGUAAAGACCUUUUUCUUUUUGUACGUUAUGUAUUCAGCAACUGCAAAUUCUAUGAUCACACUGAUGAAACGUUGGUAUGAGUGAAAAUUAAAUGACCCGUCACAAGGGCAUUCAUUGAGUGUCCUUUAAACCUG